AUGACGACCUUUUCUGUUUUCACAACGCUGUUGCUUGUUGCGCUCAUGCUAAGUAGCAUCAAUGCCUCCUCUCUACGAAAUAAGUACGAGAGGUUGACUCCCGAAGAAGAGGCCAGGCUGCAGCGCCGAGGUCUCCAAAGAAUGGACCGAGAAUUCGAUGAUGACAUUUGCAAGAAUGGCAAGGACGAUUACGGUGCUUGCAACAAAUCCAAGUUCCCUACUUGUCCCGAAGGAACACAGAUCUGCUACAAUCGCAAAGCGUUUAAGGACCGAUUCUUUGAUGACAACCGUCAGCCAAAGUAUUACAUUGACUACGGAUUGGUGUUCUGGUAA